AUGGGCAUGUUCAGCAAGAAAGACAAGGAGGACGAUGCCUCGUUUCACAGCGGUACGACGACACCGCCGACGACAGCUCAGCGAACCAUGGACACCACAGAAAAAGGAAUGGAAGAUGACGGACCUACACACAUCUACAACUUCAGAGUCAUUGCCAUGGUUAUGAUCGUCUCUCUCGGCGGUCUCAUCUUCGGUUUUGAUACUGGUCAGGUAAUGAUUCAAUUCACAAAUGCACACGAAGCUUUGCUGAUGCCAGUGAAAUAUAGANUUUCUGGCUUCUUGGCCAUGGACGACUUCUUGAACCGUUUCGGUGAGAACGGAGCAUUCACUGCUGUAAGAGAAGGCACAAUUGUUGGUCUGCUCUCCAUCGGUACUCUUCUCGGUGCUAUCAUCGCUGCACCAAUCGCCGACAAGUUUGGACGUCGCAUGUGUAUCCUUAUUGGAAACAUCGUUUUCUGGAUCGGUAUGAUCGUACAAAUGUCAGCAACACAUCACUGGUACCAGGUCGCAAUCGGCAGAUGGGUCGCUGGACUCGGUGUUGGUGCACUUUCUGUUCUGACCCCUAUGUACAUGAGUGUAANNGAAACCGCUCCUAAGAACAUCAGAGGAUCCAUGGUGUCAUGUUACCAACUUUUCAUCACUCUCGGUAUCUUGCUCGCCGAUGUCAUCAACCUCGGCACUAAGAACAUCAACGGACCUGCUUCAUGGCGUAUCACCAUGGGCAUUGGCUUUGUCUGGUCUGGUAUCAUGGCUGGAGGUAUUUGGCUUCUCCCCGAAAGUCCUCGCUGGGACUACCGUCAAGGAAAAGUUGAGAAGGCCAGACACACCAUUGCCAACGUCUACGGAACCUCUCAGAAUCACUCUGCUGUCAACCGUGAGAUCCGCGAAAUCAAGGCCAAAUUCGAUGUGGAGCAACAAGGUGGCAACCAUCCUUGGUAUGAAGUCUUCACUGGACCUCGUAUGGCCUACCGUGUGCUCCUGGGUGCCGGUCUCCAGAUGCUCCAGCAGCUUACCGGAGCAAACUUCUUUUUCUACUAUGGUACGACUAUCUUCGACUCGGUUGGUAUCAGCGACAGUUUCGUCACAGCCACCAUCCUUGGUGCUGUCAACUUUGUCUGCACUUUCGGUGGCCUUUGGGUUGUUGAAAACGUUGGACGUCGCAAGGCUCUCAUCUUCGGUGGUUUCUGGAUGUUCGCAAUGUUCAUGGUCUUUGCCAGUGUUGGACAUUUCCAGGUAUGGCAAAAUCUUGCUCAUCGCCCUAUAAAAAACAUGCUAAUUAAAACCUCACUAGNNCUCAACGAAAACAAGAACACAGGAACUGCUGGUACAGUCAUGAUCAUCUUCGCUUGUCUGUUCAUCGCUGGCUAUGCCUCCACUUGGGCUCCUAUCGUGUGGUGCAUCGUGGGUGAACUUUAUCCCACCCGCUACCGCGCAAAGGCCAUGGGCAUUGCCACAGCUUCCAACUGGAUCUGGAACUUCCUCAUUGCAUUCUUCACCCGCUUCAUUACAAACGAUAUCGACUACCGCUACGGCUACAUCUUCGCCGCCUGCAACUUUGCAGGCGCUUUUGUAGCAUACUUUUUCCUCUGCGAACAUCAAGGACGUACUCUGGAAGAGAUUGACACAAUGUACAUUUUGCACGUCAAGCCCUGGAAGAGUUCCAGCUGGACACCACCAGAGAACGAAGAGCUAGUCACCGCCGACGCCCUCGCCCUCACAGGCGGUGCCCGUGGCAUCAAANAGGCCGAUGCCGCCGGCAUGGAGAGCGAACGCCGUGUAGAGAACAUGCAGGUACCCGCCGCCACUUCCACCCACGGCAUCCACGAUGUCUCGGGCACCGAUUUUGUGCCCGAGAGCACAAGAGCGGCUGAUGGUCGUCCACCCAACAUUGGACAGUAG